AUGGUCGAUUCAGAGUCUCCAAUUGUGACCACCGUGUUACAAGCGACCCCAAGAAAUUCGCAGGAACCCGAAAUCGUGGUUCCUGGAUCUCCCAGUGCUGUUCCUCCAUCGGCCACUCACACUGAAAUGACUCGUGACACAGAAGGUUCAUUACUUCAAGUGCCCCAUGAUCAACAGGGAUCAUAUUUAUCAGAAAAACAGCAGUCAAGCUCGUCGAUAGGCAGUUUCUUUCGCAAAUCGUCUGCAAACAAGUCUUCUUCUUCGCUAAACAGCGAGUCUUCCAAAUCCAAAUUCAGUUUGCAUUCCAAGCUUCUUGGUGGUUCAUCCGAGAAGGUUGACCGCAGUUUUCUGUUGUCACCAAAACAUAGCAGUAGCAGCAGAGACUCUUCUGUGCAGUCUACUUCCAGCAAUGCAAACAAGCCUGUUUCGUCCAAGGCUUCUGACGAUUCCAGGAAAAAGUCUCCUGGGCUGGAACUAAAGCGAUUCUUCAAAAACGUGGUCAAACCCCCUUCCAAAGUUGCUGCAGAUAUUCACGAUUUUCACGAACGCCACCAUGCAAAGCACCAGCACAAGCUGUCUAGGUUCAUCAAGAACAACAUCAGUACCUCUAGCUUGAAGAACGGAGCAAAGGACCACGUUGGUCAGGCCUCGGCGGUAUCACUGCCACAGGUGGGGCCAGAGUCAUCCCAUGAGCUUAUUGAAAAAUAUGGAAUUCCUGGAAAGCUUCUGGGAGAAGGGGCUGGUGGAUCUGUAUCUAUCGUGGAAAGUCCCUCCGACGGUAAGCUUUUUGCGGUGAAGAGUUUCAAGUCCAAAACAGAGCGUGAGAACGAAUUCGAGUACAAGAAGAAACUUCAGAAGGAGUUCUAUCUCGGCUCAACUCUGCAUCAUCCGAAUGUCAUAGAAACAUACGACAUGUUGCAGCAAGGUAACGCGUUUCUUUUGGUGAUGGAGUAUGGCCCCUAUGACUUUUUCACAGUGGUGAUGUCUGGAUUGUUACAGAAGAACGAGGCGUUUUGUUACUUCAAGCAGAUCGUCUCUGGUGUCAGUUAUCUACACAGCAUGGGACUGGCACACAGAGACCUCAAGCUGGAUAACUGCGUCAUUUCCGAGGACGGGAUCUUAAAGAUCAUCGACUUCGGCUCAGCCGCCGUGUUCCAGUAUCCGUUUGAGGAAUCCAUAAUAAAAGCGACUGGGGUUGUUGGAUCUGAUCCUUAUCUAGCCCCAGAAGUUCUGGGUAUGUCUUCCUAUGAUCCACGUCCAUGUGACAUAUGGUCCAUUGCCAUAAUCUACUGUUGCAUGAUCCUCGUGAGGUUCCCCUGGAAGGCACCCAAGAUGAGUGAUGCCUCAUUCAAGGCGUUUGCCACUACUCCAGACCCCGCUGACCUCAAGUCCAAUGAUUCAUCCAGAGCAAAAACAGUUGGCCCAUACAGACUGCUUCGUCUACUACCAUCAGCAUCGCGUGACCUGAUAGGCAAAAUGUUGAUCGUCGACCCGGCGAAGAGAAUAACAAUGCAACAUAUUGUGGAUAGUCCCUGGGUCCAGGAAAUCAAGAACUGCUACUACCUCGACGGUGUUUUGAUGAAAGGUCCUGACCAUAAACACCAUCUGGUGACGGAAGAAGAUGUCCAGAGAAUUCAAGAAGAGCGCGCUCGGGAGAAGGAGCUUGUGAAGGAAUUAUGA